AUGUCGAAAAUCUCAAACCUAGACUAUGCUGCCCUUAAUCUCUCCGGAGACAACUAUCUGCAAUGGGCACUUGACACAAAGAUUAACUUGAGGUCAAAGGAGCUCGGUGAUGCUAUCAUCGAGGGCAACAAUGAGACUGAUAAGAAUCGGUACAGGGCUAUAAGUAUUAUACGCCACCAUCUCAUUGAGGGUCUAAAAGAUCAGUACCUCACCAUAGAGAAUCCACUAGACCUUUGGACAGCUUUACAGCGACGAUAUGAUCACCAGAAAACGGUGCUAUUACCAAAGGCUAAACAUGAGUGGACGAAUCUCAGAUUCAUGGACUAUAAGUAUGUGGAUGAAUACAAUUCAGUAUUGUUUAAGAUAGUCUCAAUGAUGAGACUUUGUGGUGAGGAAGUAACCGAGAAAGAGUUGCUUGAUAAAACAUUCUUCACGUUCCAUUCGACGAACGUGUUGCUGCAACAGCAGUAUAGAGAGAGAGGCUUCGCUAAUAAUGAACUCCUGAUGAAGAACUGUGAGAUGAGACCCAUCGGAACAGCAGCAUUACCAGAAGCCAAUGAGGCUGAAAAGAAAGAUCCCAAAGAAUGCAACCACGUCCAUGAUGAUAAGAUAUCACACGGCAAAGGCGUAGUAGAUACAAAGGGCGUGGCUGUGACAACUACUCAUAUGGCCGGCAAGGAAACCACAAUAACCGUGGUCGUGGUUCCAGCUAUGGCCGUGGCCGAGGCAGUUAUGGCCAUGGUCGAGGCGGCAUAUCCAAAACGUCUAACUCGACCAAAUCAGCUUGUCACAGAUGCGAGAUGA